AUGGGAAAUGGGCAGCGGAACAAUAAGCGGCCACGCAAGAGCUCAGCCGAGGCUCAGGAGGGCGCCGAAAACGAUGUGGCUGGCGAUGAUUUCAAGCUGCACCCCGACCCGCUAUGGUCUGAUGACGAGCGCGACGAGGCAGACCACCCAGCCAAGCGCCAGGCCACUGGCACAGCCGGCGAGGACAAGGCAGCAGCGUCUACGAGGAAGCGCGCCAGCAGCAGCGCCACUACUGCAGCAACCGCCAGCGCACUGAAGCAGCUUUGCGGGGAGCAAGGAGCGGCUCGAGCAGCAGAACAAUCUCUGAAGGCUAUGCUGGAGAUCAAGGAGGCCGCGAGCAGAAAGCGCGAGGAAGAUAGGAAGGCGGGUGUACCAACCGACUCAACGGCCGAUCACCAUGACCACGAUGCCGAUGAUAGCGAUGAUGAGCACGGGAAGAGCGAGAAUGGCGCUAGCAACGAGAAGACGACGCAAGCCGAGGCCGAGGCUGGAGUUGAGGCUGAUGCUGAGACUGAGGCUGAUGCUGAUGCUGACGCUGAAGGUGCCAGCAUGUCAAAGACAGCCAAAGACAAUUCCGCGCCUGCAGGCAAGGGCGGCAAGGCAGAGAAAGCCUCGUCCGGUCCGCGUCUGACCCUGCGCAUGCUUGUGCCGAACCGGUGCAUAGGCAGCAUCAUGGGCCAUGGCGGCUCGACGAUCAACAGCAUCCGCGACGAGGCGGGGGUCAACAUCCGGACGUCCGAGUCGAUGCUGCCGCACUCGUCGGAGCGCGUGGUAGCUCUGAUAGGUGCGCCGUCGGCGAUUGCCAAGGCGAUGAGGCUGGUGGCCAGAGUUCUGGCCAAGGACAUGAGCGCAUAUACCACCAGCGAUUGCUAUGUCCCCGCAGUCAAUCUGCCGUCGGCAAUGACAGUCAACAUGUCGAACCGCCGUAGCAAGCCAUUCAACAACCGCUCGCGCUCUGGCGACAAGCGCUACCACAGCCACCGUCCUGGAGGACAGCGCUAUACCAACUACCACAACAGCCGCGGCCCGGGUACUAAUGCCAACAACAAUGGCGGCCGGUACAACACCAACUUCCGGCAGGGUGGCGCGCAGAACAGCUAUACCCAGGGCUACAGCAGCGCCAACCGGGGCGGGGCUGGAGGCAGCUACAACAACCGUGACCGCGACCGCGACCGUGACCGCGACCGUUUUGACAGGAACAGCCGGUACCCGAAUGGCGCUGGCGGCCGGUUUGACUACAACGACCGCCCCGGGGUAUUGGACGCGGCCUCUGGACCGUACAGCAACUUUCGGAGCCAGGGCAACGGGAUGCGGCCUGGUCCUGGAGUGGGCGGCAGCGGUGGCGGAUACAGGUACUCUGGGCCUGCCACGAGCAGCUACCAGCCUUACACUCCGCAAAAUGGUGGAGGAUCGCGCUACAGCAAUCCCAUGCCCAGUCAGGGGCCGAUAGGAUCGAAUGGCAAUGGCUACGGUGGCAGCAGCUACGGCGGUAGCGGCUACGGCGGCGGCGGCAGUGCUGGCAGCUACGGCGGCAGCAGCGGGGGUCCUGUUCCAUAUCCGAUGGCGACGCCUGUUUCUUACGGAUACUCGGCGCCGAUGCAGCCAAUGGUGCAGGCGGCGGGUACCCGAAUCCACGGCCAUACAACUCGCGUAGGCGGGGGUGGAGGUGGUCGGCCGCACAUGGGGUCUGGGCCCAUGCAUAGCGGCGGUGUCGGGUCUGACGGCAGGUACCCGUCUGGGCCUAGCGGCGUGGGCAGCACGAUCCAGCAGAUGUAUAUUCCGGCGGAUAGGGUCGGGGUACUCAUUGGGCGUAAGGGCGAGACCAUCAACGGGAUCCGGCGCGCGACCAACGCGGAUGUUGAGAUCCAAAACGCCUGA